GACAGUGCAGUAAAGUAGCAUUACUACAUCUGUUUUUGUGUUAUAUUACGCAUUUUGGAUUUUGCACUUCGCACAACGUGACUCUAGGAUAUUGUCACGAGCCCAAUCGAUGUGUAGCGUGAAGUAUACAGGUAUCGUUUACAAGCGGUUCUAAAAAUGUGACUAGACGCAUGAAUAACGUCGGGGCGCAUAUCUGCGGCGCUCCUUCUAAAUAUGGAACGGGUGUUAGUGAACAUCGGUGGUGUCCUCGGCGUGGUCCCGGCGAUGGUCCCUCUGGUUAUGUAACGACCCUUCGGAAGGGCCACGUGCAUCCUCCGGAUAGCGAGUGGCGACGCAGUGCACGCGGUUCCACGUCGGAGAUCGGUGCACGUCGCACGGGCAGGCGGCGCCGGCGACGCGCACGCGGUCCGCACUCAGUCGCGCUGGCCGCUGCCGCGGGCCGGAACACCAGUUUCCUAGCAACACGUUGUUGACGCCGCUGGUGACCUAAUGAACACAAAAACACAUGGUUACUAAGUGUUACAUCACACGUUCUGUUGCACUGUCGCCGAUUUGCGCUGCUUACGUUGCUAGGUGUAAACUGCCCAUAACACAAUUAAAUGUACUGAUUGCUGGACAUUUGUUUGUUGUUUCAACUGCACAGCUGCUGUCCCAGUCAUUAUGGCGCCAAUGCGUGGCGAACGCGGCGGUUCGCCAGCGAGAGGAGCGCGUGCGUCGCUGCCCCUGCCCCGACGGUUGAUCCGACAGAUCGCACGACACGUCGCCUCCAGCGGGCGGUCGCUGCGCCGCCUCGAGGUCUCGGGAAGGGUCAUCGACAACUUCGAUGACAUCGACGACGCCUCCGAUGAUUCGGAUUUGGAAACACCGCAACCAGCGGUGGCGUGCGGAGGAAACGCCGGCAACCUCCCGCCAGCAGAUCACGACGACGACCUCACCAGCCUCAGCUGGUUGCAAGACAGAAACUUACUCAGAGGUAUUAAUCUGACGAAAAGCGACUUGGAGGACACGAAAAGUAUUGGCAGUCAAGUUAUUAUAAAGACAGAGUCGAAGACGCCACCGCCGAUGGCGCGGGUCCCCUCACCCCCCCGUACCCCGUGCAAGGCGCCCCCCUCCCCGCCGACGGUGACCACGCACACCAAGCCGCCGUACUCGUUCUCGUGCCUGAUCUUCAUGGCGAUCGAGGCGGCGCCGGCGCGCGCGCUGCCCGUCAAGGAGAUCUACGCGUGGAUCGUGCGACACUUCCCGUACUUCAAGCACGCGCCGCAAGGGUGGAAGAACAGCGUCAGGCAUAACUUGUCGCUCAACAAAUGCUUCCAUAAGGUGGCAGCCGCACCGGGGCUUGGCAAAGGAUCAUUAUGGACCGUCGACCCACAGCAUCGCGCCUCGCUCUUACAGGCGUUCGGUCGUCAGCCGAUCCCGACCGCGCCGCCCGACACGCCGCCGCCCGGCAAGAACGCGCCGGACCCGCAGCUGUUCCCGUUCCUGGCGCGCCGCCUCGCCGGCGAGCCCGAGCCCGGCGCCGACGAGUACCUCGCCGCCGCCACCGUGCUCGCCAUGAAGUACGGGCCCGCCGUGCUGGACCAGUUGCCGCCGGCGGCGCACCUGGUGAUCUCGCGCUGCGCCCGCGACGAGCACUCCUACAGCGGCGGCGGCGGCGGCGGCGCGGCGGGCGGCUGCGAGGAGCGCCGCACGGCCGAGGCGCUGCUCAACCUCGCCGGCGUGCCCUCCGAGCCCGCGCCCAGCUAGCGCGCCUCCCGCCACCGCCCGCCGCACCACCCCCGCACCUCCCCCCGCACCGCCCCUCGCACCGCCCACGCGCCCCGGCCACAACCCGCCACCCAACCCUACUCGACGGCACGCUCUGACGUCAUGCCCUGUCGCUCUUCCGCAAACCAGAAGUGACGUUAUCGAUUCGCGUCACUAUAAAUGUUGGUGGAUUGAUCGUAUAACUGGUCAUGAAGAAAUACCGAAAUAUCACUAACACUUCAAGUAUAUUUUCAUAGCCAGUUGUUCGAGUCCAGAAGUAAUGCCAGUAAAAACACCUCCGAUUCUCGAUGCGUCGACACUCGACAAACAUCGAUGUCGAUAAAUGUAAGUAAAAAUCUUUAUUCUUAUGAUGAAAUGUUUCAAGCGUAGUAGCUAAUCUAUUGACGAGUGUAAUGAAUUUAAGAAUUCAAAGACGAUUGUAAUGUCUUAUACGUGAUUUAGGUGUUAAAGUAAAAACAUCAGGUGACUGACGGCUAUUGUGCAAAGGAAAUAUAUUAUUGACUUAUCUCUGGGGUAGUAAUAAUGAUAAUAACAGGAUCUGCCGAACGGUAGGGGCGUUGUGUUCCAUCAGUAAUAAAUUUAACAUAAUAUGCGACAAUGAUAUGAACAGUUUCGAUUAUUUUCCAAGUUCCCAUUAUUGGCAAAAUAUUAAUGAACAAUUUAAAUCAUAAUAAUUAAAAUUUUAUGAUUAAUAAAUAAUACUAUAGAAAACAAUAAUGUUAAAUAUUAUCGCAUCAAAACUUAUCGAUAAGUUAUAAAAAAAUAUAUCCUUACAUUAUAAUCCUUCGAAGAAUUUUCUCAAAGAAUAUUUGACAUUACGUUAGAGCAAAGCUCUAAUAAAAACAAAGUGAUUCAUUGAUAACGCAAGUUCUUAGAACGUAGGAAUCAAAUACGCGGAACUUAUUAUGUCUAUGAAUUGUCGCAAUAAAAAGUAGACAAAAAAAAAGUUUACCAUUCUCUAGUCCAAUAAAGACAAUCCAAUAAUAAAAGCAGUCGUGUACACAAUAUUAUUUGUAAUAAAUUAAAUAAAUUUAUUCAAUUAAUAUGAAAAUACUGUGCUUAGAUAAAAAGCUCAUUCGCUUUUUAUUUAGAUCAUAAUUUCCAUUCGACUCGGUCUCCGAUAUAUUGAAACAUCACAUUUAUCAAGGCGGUGGUCCGAUUUUGGCUCUGUCGACAUUUGUCUACAGCGCGAAACUCCGAUCACAAGAUUAGUUACAUGAAAAUCUGUAAGCCUAGAAUAAUUAAACGUUUACAUAAAUAGUAGUUACUAAUAGUGAUAGAUGUGAUACUACUUAGUACGAGAUAUUAUUUAAAAAAGAAUGGAAAGUAAUUUAAUAAUUCUCCCUAUAUGCAUUUAGGUUUUCCCCAAUUAAAUAGUCAAACGUUCAUAAUAUAAUAUAUAAGAAAUAACUAUUCUACAGUUUAAAGUAAUUAUAGUGUUGCCACGUUUCUUGUUUACAUUGGAUUCAUGCCGUAUAUUGCCAGAGUAGUUCACUUGUUUCAAAUAGUGUUCCGUUGCGCAAGACUAUGUCAGAAAUGUGGCACAUACAUAGUAAGGUCUAAGUUGUAACUAUAUUUAAAUAAUAUUUAUUUCGCAUCUUGAUAUCAAUCAGAUUUUAAAGCGCAAUUAAAUUUAAGUAUAAUUUCAAGUAAUUCUACAUGAUUGUACAUGAGCAAUAUAUCGCUUAAUAGCUUAACAAAUGUGAUCUGAACACUACCAUUAUUUAUACAAAAUAAUACUACAUACAGGGCGAUCAAAGUGUAUAUUUAAAUAUUGGAAUUUUCAUUACUUUCAACGUGAUACUACGUAUAUUUAUGUAUUUUAUAUUUUCUUAGAGAAUAACUUAGCCAUAAGCAAACUGUAUUUUGUGUUCAUGAACCAAGUGAUCCACUGUACUAUUGCCAGCUGGUAUAACAGAUAUUAUUUACUAGAUACUAACUGCCGAUCGGGGAGUUUUAGAGAAUAUUAUUUCUACCGCUAUGUACGGACUAAUUUUAAUAAAUACAAACGAGUGAUGUCGCGAAAGUGAUGCGCUUUUAUUUAGCGAAAUAUAUUUAAUGUAGAUUAUAAUUUUCGACGUUUACAAAUAGCCUUCCUUCUAGCUACCCGAUAGCUGUUACCAAAAAUUCUAAAAUAUAAUUUACUUGUAAGACAAUGCUCGCGUUGUUGGAUACUGAACUGCGACGUGUCUUUGCGAACGAAACAUUCUCUCAAGUGCCUACUAAAUGCUUCUGUCUAUCGUUAGCUAAUGUGACUGGAGUAUGGAGUUAUAUUUGUGAGGGGUAAGUGUCGGAAUGUGUGAAAAACAUUACGUUUGUAUGAAAGUUGUGCCUUCUUUGUGUGCGGUAUUGAGGCAAUCUACCAUUCGGAAGUAAAUGUGUGUCUGAGUACUAUAAUCGUGUUGUAAUUAGAAUUUAUCCCCGAAAUGCGUUUCCGGCACUUACAGCAAAGCCUUGAAAGAGAACACCAACUAGUGUUUACGACAUAGGUCUUCGUUUCCAUCGUCAUGUUUUUAUUUGACUACCUUCGCUGAUCACUCAGUGUAGUAUAUUUUUCAAAUUUCUCUAUUGACAAUCUUUGGUGCAACCAGUAAACGUUAUAUAUGUCGAUGGUGACAUAAGUUACUGCGAGAAUAGGACCCGUGUACGUCAAAUAAAUGUCUAUCUAUACUCUAUACAUUUUUGGGUGUUGUAAUAAAAUGCAUAUAUAAAUAGUAGUUCGACAAAACCGACAGCUUUAUUUAGUACAAUUUGAUUAAUAUUACGAAAUGGUAAAUGUUGAAAAAUGAAAAAAAAAAUUACGCGUAGGAUUAACUAGACUGAUGCAAUGACUGAUUUGUGAGCAAUAUUAUUUAUUAGUAAAAUGGAUAUUUUUUCUUUAAUGAGCACCUGUAUGUUUAAUGUUCAGAUUGACAGACGAAAAAAAACUGUAAGGCUUUGCAAUCAAAGAGUAAAAUAUUUCGUUUUCAUUAUCUUGCAGACGUGUGAGGCAGACAUGUUUUAAUUUGCUAUCAGUUAAACGUAGGCAAAAGGAAGGUGUGUAUGUGUGCCAAAUGUUAAAUGCAUUACCAUUUUAUCAAGCAAAUUAAAAUACCAUUUAUGAAUGUAUUUAUAAUAAACACAUAGUUAGAUUAGGACAUAAGUGAUAUUAUAAUAAUUUAAUUGCUAUAUAAUUAAAGAAUACAUACAUUUUUGCUGUAUUUAGGAGCGUCUUCCAACUUGUAUUGUUUUCUCGUAGAAUACACGCGUACGAACGGGGAGAAGAUUUGACGUGAUCAAGUGUUCACUGACGCUUGCGCACAGCUUGAGCGGUGUAUGACACUAGCCAAGCGCGGACAUACAUUCUAAUUCAUUUGCAUCGUCCGUUCAUAUUCUCCCCGGCCGUACGGGCUAGCCUUUCUUUCGGUGUUAUAAAUUAUAUGUAGAUAACAAUUUACAGCAAUAAUUAGUACCUAAUAGAAAUACUUUGCUGGUAGAUGCUACGUAUAUGAUUGUGUGAUAAAUUGCUAUUUAUUAAACACGUUGACAGACGAUGUAAAGCGUAAUAUCGGACACGGAGUGUUUAUUAAUGAUUGUUAUUGUGAGGUGAAUCGUAUGUAACUGGUUUAAAAUAUAAUACUGUCUGCUAACGGCUGUUUUCAAGAAACGAUCCAAUCCCAAUCUCAAUCUUCAAUCCGAUUUCGAGAAUAAACCAAUCAAAAUAAGUUAGUAUAAACAACACUUUCUUCUUAUUGGUCAAUUUUUGCGAUAGAUAGAAAAACGCGAUUAGGAUUUUUUAAAGAAAAUGGCGGUAAGGCAGUCAAGCUACAAAAUUGGAUUAAUUUUAAACCGAUUUUUUUAUAUUCCGUUUAUCAUUGAAUUUAUUUAAUCGGACAUUGGUAUCACGUAUCAACGCAGAAUCCGUGUAUUUUAAAUUUAUUCAAUUCAUUAUUUUUUAUAGUUUGAAUAAAUUUUAUAUAUUCCAUGACGCGAUAAAACUACGAAUAUUGAACUAAAUAUCAAACAAUCUAAGGUGAAGUUACGCCGUCAAAGAACGUCAACGUGUUAAUAAGUGCUGUGUUUAAAAUUUUAUAAUUGUAAACAACGUUUAAAAUCGACCUAUUAAUAAUACGGUUAAAAUAAACAGUACGGUAUAUGAUUUUCACGACUUGUCGAACCUCGUUUAGUUAUAUAUAAAAUGGCUUAAAAAGAAAAGUUAUAUCGACAUGAUAUUAAAAUUGUUGCGGUUACGUUCUCUUGUCGUGAAAUGAAUAUCAUUUUUAUCGAUUAAUUUAUUUUUAGGUUAAAUAACGAUGUUAUUAUUUUUUAAGAUGUUUGUUUGUAAAACGGAAUUUUAAAAAGGAAUAUGCGUGAUUUUUAUUUGGAGAUGGCGUUUUACAAACUGUAAUGUGACGUUACUGUUGGUGAUUUAAUGUGUAUUUGAAUCGUAUCAAAAUAUGCACAAGUUUAUAAAAAUGUGAAUAGAAAUCAUAACCAGUAGAACCUGAAGACAGAAAGCAUGAUUUUUUUUUUCCUUUGCAAAAAAUAUUGUCAUCAGUAAAAAUGUUGCAAGUUUUAUUUAUUGUAAUAUUUUAUUUAUUGCCUCGCAGUGAUUUCUAAAAAGUGGACUUAUGCAUAGAUUCUAAUAAUAUUGAUUUUUGAUCGAGUAGAUGUAAUUAUUAUUAUAAUAAUAAUAUUAUUUCGGUGUAUGUAUCAGUGACGUCACAGUACAUAAAAUAACAGUACAUCGGUGUGUCCGAACUCGUAUAUUUAUUUAAGUAUUUUAAGUGAAAAUAUUGUUGUUGUUGAUAUUUUGCCGGCUUCUGAACGAUACCACUCUUUUAUUAUUGCUAUUGUUGAAAGUUAUUGCCAAAUUUUUAUUUGUCCUAAAAUCUUUUGUCUUUGUACAUAUCCAUUAAUAAAUUAUGUACCGAGAAUA